AUGGCCGCCAUAUUUAGUUCUAUUUUCAAAAAAUCUCAGCAACCAUUACAAGAAUCCGUUCCAUGUGACAGGGAAUUUAUAUUCCCAAAGGUUGUCGAGGAAACUGAUGGUAUAGACUGUAAUUCUGAUUGUAGCAGCUGCGUGAUAAAAUACCCCAGGGGGUUCAGCAUCGACGAAGAUGAUGAGCUGUAUGGAAAUAUCAAAGAAUGGAGCACGCACAUUUUAGUUGCCACUGGAAAAUCAGACUGGGUGCACAACGUAUCAGAUGAAGUAGGAAGUGUAAUGGAAGCAAUUGAAAAUACAGAAAUUAAGCCUUCCAAUGGGAAACUAAAGCUAUCAGCUUCUAACAUCCCUAUACCCCCUCUUUCCGAUGGUUAUGCGGGUCCCACGACGGUGCUUCUUCUACCUGCCUGGACCAUAGUCGAAAAUGUCACUCCUAAAUCAGUUGAUAAGCUGAUUACGGAUUUUGUCGAUAAAAGUCCCACAACCAGCGCACCUUUAGAACCACUAACACUACCACAAUCAUUGGAGACUUCAAUACCCGGCGCCGACGUCUUACAUUCCAGACCCUGCCCGCACAGUGCGAUUAUUCUAUUGUGUUCUCAAGGAAAAAGAGAUUCUCGCUGCGGACAGAGUGCUCCACUGUUAAGGAAAGAAUUUGAGAGGCAUCUGAGGGGAUAUGGACUGUUCCGGAACCUUGAUGAUGAAAGGCCCGGCGGUGUUGGCAUAUACUUCAUCUCACAUGUUGGUGGGCAUAAAUACUCUGCUAAUGUUUUGAUAUAUCGAAAAGAAGACGCAUUCGGCAUUGACCAAAUCAGUCGUGCAACAGUCGAGGGAAAGCUACUGCCUCGCCUGGAAGAAGAGAAUAAAACGCUUGAAGGGGCUGCACAAUGUAUCUGGCUUGCACGAGUCAAGCCUGGAGAUUGCGAGGGUAUUAUUAAGUUUACGGUCCUUCAAGGGAAAGUUGUAAACCCCGAGAAACAACUCAGGGGCGGCUUUGAUCGACGACGAGAGGUGACUAGCUGGUGA